GGCUGUCGGGAGGGCGCCUGACCCAACAUGGAGCCCUCGGUGGGGCGAGGGUGAAACUGCUGUUGCUGGCUGCUCCUACCCUCCUGUCCCAUCAUGUUGGUGCACUUAUUUCGGGUCGGGAUUCAGGGCGGCCCUGUGCCAGGCAGGCCGCUACUGCUCCGGCUCCAGACAUUCACCGCCGUCAGGCACUCUGACAGCCACCACAACUCCUACCUCAUCAGGUCCGUGGCCCAGCUCCGGUCCCAGCUCCGGCCCCACCUUCCCCGAGCUCCCCCAGCUCCCAGCCGAAGCCCCCUCUCUGCCUGGCACUGGGUUGGGGGAGUACUACUAGGCCCCGUGGUGCUAAGGAAGUGCUCCCGUCUCUGCCUUGUGGCACGGUGUGAGGCAGAAGAGACAGAAGAGGCCCCUGCUAUCAGCUUCAGACCCUAUGUUGAGGAGUCCCGCUUUAACUGGAAGCUCUUCUGGCAGUUUCUGCGCCCCCACCUGCUGGUCCUGGCGGCAGCCAUUGUGCUGGCACUGGGAGCAGCACUGGUGAAUGUGCAGAUCCCCCUGCUCCUGGGCCAGUUGGUAGAGAUUGUGGCCAAGUACACGAGGGAACACAUGGGGAGCUUCAUGACAGAGUCCCGGAACCUCAGCACCCGCCUGCUGCUUCUCUAUGGCAUCCAGGGGCUGCUGACCUUCGGGUACCUGGUGCUGCUGUCCCGCAUUGGCGAGCGCAUGGCCGUGGACAUGCGGAGGACCCUCUUCUGCUCCCUGCUCCGACAAGACAUUGCUUUCUUCGAUGCUAAAAAGACAGGGCAGCUGGUGAGCCGAUUGACAACUGACGUGCAGGAGUUUAAGUCAUCCUUCAAACUUGUCAUCUCCCAGGGCCUUCGGAGCUGCACCCAGGUGGCUGGCUGCCUGGUGUCCCUGUCCAUGCUGUCCACACGCCUCACACUGCUGCUGAUGGUGGCCACACCCACCCUGAUGGGAGUCGGCACCCUGAUGGGCUCCGCUCUCCGAAAACUGUCUCGCCAGUCUCAGGAACAGAUUGCCAGGGCAACAGGUGUAGCAGAUGAGGCACUGGGCAAUGUUCGCACUGUGAGAGCCUUCGCCAUGGAGCACCGGGAAGAGGAACGCUAUGGAGCAGAGCUGAAAGUGUCCUGCUGUAAGGCAGAGGAGCUGGGCAGAGGCAUUGCCUUAUUCCAAGGGCUUUCUAACAUUGCAUUCAACUGCAUGGUCCUGGGGACCCUUUUUAUUGGGGGCUCCCUCGUGGCUGGACAGCAGCUGACAGGGGGAGACCUCAUGUCCUUCCUGGUGGCCUCCCAGACAGUGCAGAGGUCUAUGGCCAACCUCUCUGUUCUCUUUGGUCAGGUGGUACGGGGGCUCAGCGCAGGCGCCCGGGUCUUUGAGUACAUGACUCUGAGCCCAUGCAUCCCCUUGUCUGGGGGCAGCUUCAUCCCCAAGGAGGACCUCCACGGGGCCAUCACGUUUCAGAACGUCGGCUUCAGUUACCCCUGCCGCCCUGGCUUUGAGGUGCUCAAAGACUUCACCCUGACACUGCCCCCUGGCAAGACUGUGGCCCUGGUAGGCCAGUCUGGGGGAGGAAAGACCACCGUGGCCUCCCUGCUGGAGCGCUUCUAUGACCCCACAGCGGGGGUGGUGCUGCUGGAUGGGCGGGACCUUCGCACCCUCGAUCCGUCCUGGCUCCGGGGCCAGGUCAUCGGCUUCAUCAGCCAGGAGCCAGUGCUGUUUGGAACAACCAUCAUGGAGAACAUCCGCUUUGGGAAGCUGGAAGCCUCCGAUGAAGAGGUGUAUGCAGCUGCCCGGGAGGCCAAUGCCCACGACUUCAUCACCAGUUUCCCUGACGGCUAUGGCACCAUUGUGGGCGAGCGGGGCGCCACCCUGUCUGGUGGCCAGAAGCAGCGCCUGGCAAUUGCUCGAGCCCUCAUCAAGCAGCCCACAGUGCUGAUCAUGGAUGAGGCCACCAGUGCACUGGACACAGAGUCGGAGGGCGUCGUGCAGGAGGCCCUGGACCGGGCCAGCGCAGGUCGUACUGUGCUGAUCAUCGCCCACCGGCUCAGCACUGUGCGUGGGGCCCACCACAUCGUCGUCAUGGCUGACGGCCGGGUCUGGGAGGCCGGGACCCAUGAAGAGCUCCUGAAGAAGCGUGGGCUCUAUGCUGAGCUCAUCCGGAGGCAGGCCCUGGAGGCUCCGCUUACAUCCACUCCACCCCUGGAGAAGCCAAAAGGUCCCAGGAAUCGCCACCCCUAGGCCUGAGAACAGGCAGCAGCAGAAGCGGUCUUGACUGCGGAGCAACAGUGCCGGGCAGGUGGGGCCGGCCAGCCAACAGUGGAGCCCCCAAGGGACUGAGCCCCCAGGGCCCGUGCACUCCACCUACUCACAAUAAAACCUGGCGGGCAGCUGGGCUGGGGGCGCUUGGGAUCGCUCCCAUCCACUCCCCUCCUGCUGCCAGGCUCCUGCC